UCAACCAGUCUUGCGUGUGAUGCAUAAGACUGGAGAAGAGCUGGGUCACAGACCUCGCGCAGAUAUCUGCUUUAUAAACAUCGUUUUUCUGUACUAGACAAACGAUUAACUACCAAUAAACUAACGAUUGUUUUUUCAAGCUGCUCUUGUGACACGGAAUGAGCAGAUAAAGCGAGUUUGUGGACGAGAUAGAUGAACCAGCACGGGCUGCUGACUGAAAAAGGACUCGGAUUGAAUUGCUGAAGAAAAUCAUUAAAAUAACGACACAAAUACUUCAUUUGAGGGUGUUUCAUACAUUCUGUGUUCUGCUCUGUAUAGUGUGCGCUAAGUAGUGUGCUAGCACGUUAGUUAGCCUUUGAAGUGAACUUGCUGGAUGCUCGCGUUGACUUGUUUUACACACUGCUGCCGCGGGAAAUGAGAUAAAACAUACUUUGUUCUCGGUGCUUAUUUCUGUUUUGAUGCGCAUUUUCCCGUUGCCUGACUCUCCUAAUCCAAGUUUGUAUUGGUUUCAUUUCGGCGAAGUAAGGAGCAUUGGUUAAACAGCUCUAUGCCGGCAGAUAUGACCAUGUUGGCGGAUCACACAGCACGACAGCUGCUAGAUUUCAGUCAGAAGUUAGACAUCAACCUGCUGGACAAUGUCGUCAACUCCAUGUACUAUGAUGUCGGAUCUCAGCAAAGACUGGCACAAGAAGUCCUCACCAACCUGAAAGAUCACCCAGAUGCCUGGACCAGAGUUGACACCAUAUUGGAGUUCUCCCAGAACAUGAAAACCAAGUACUACGCUCUUCAGAUACUGGAGACUGUGAUCAAAACACGCUGGAAAAUUCUUCCACGUAAUCAAUGUGAAGGAAUCAAAAAGUAUGUUGUGGGGCUUAUCAUUAAGACUUCUUCUGAUUCAAACAGCGUAGAGAAGGAGGGAGUUUACAUAGCAAAGCUGAACAUGAUCCUGGUGCAGAUUCUGAAGCAGGAAUGGCCGAAGCACUGGCCCACGUUCAUUAGUGACAUUGUGGGUGCGAGUCGUACCAGUGAGAGUCUCUGUCAAAACAACAUGAUCAUCCUGAAGCUUCUCAGCGAGGAGGUCUUUGACUUUUCCAGUGGACAGAUGACUCAGGUCAAAGCCAAACACCUGAAGGACAGUAUGUGCAAUGAGUUUUCACAAAUAUUUCAGCUCUGCCAGUUUGUGAUGGAGAAUUCCCAGAAUGCUCCUCUGGUUCACGCCACGUUGGAGACUCUUCUUCGUUUCCUAAACUGGAUUCCACUGGGCUACAUUUUUGAGACCAAACUCAUCAGCACACUAGUGUACAAGUUUCUGAACGUUCCGAUGUUCAGGAACGUGACUCUGAAGUGUCUGACGGAGAUUGCGGGGGUCAGCGUCAGUCAGUAUGAGGAGCAGUUUGUCAGCCUGUUUACCCUUACCAUGGUGCAGCUCAAACAGAUGCUGCCACUCAACACAAAUAUUCGCCUGGCAUAUGCGAAUGGAAAAGACGAUGAGCAAAACUUCAUCCAGAACCUCAGUCUGUUUCUCUGCACCUUCCUCAAAGAGCACGGACAACUGAUAGAGAAGAGGCUAAACCUCAGAGAAAACCUCAUGGAGGCACUGCAUUACAUGUUAAUGGUGUCAGAAGUGGAAGAGACCGAGAUCUUCAAGAUCUGUCUGGAGUAUUGGAACCACCUGGCUGCUGAGCUCUACAGGGAGAGCCCCUUCUCCACGUCAACCUCGCCGCUCCUCUCCACCAGCCAGCACUUCGACGUGCCGCCCCGCAGACACCUGUACCUUCCGGUGCUCUCCAAGGUACGUCUGCUGAUGGUGAGUCGCAUGGCCAAACCAGAGGAGGUUCUAGUGGUGGAGAAUGACCAGGGCGAGGUGGUGAGAGAGUUCAUGAAAGACACAGACUCCAUCAACCUCUACAAGAACAUGAGGGAGACUUUGGUCUAUUUGACUCAUCUGGAUUAUGCUGAUACAGAGAGGAUAAUGACAGAGAAGCUUCAUAAUCAGGUGAAUGGUACCGAGUGGUCAUGGAGGAACCUGAACAUGCUGUGCUGGGCCAUUGGCUCCAUCAGUGGUGCCAUGCAUGAGGAGGAUGAGAAGAGAUUCCUCGUCACAGUCAUUAAGGAUCUGCUGGGUUUGUGUGAACAAAAAAGGGGGAAAGACAACAAGGCCAUUAUCGCAUCCAACAUCAUGUACAUUGUUGGCCAGUACCCACGAUUCCUCAGGGCCCACUGGAAGUUCCUCAAGACCGUUGUUAACAAGCUCUUUGAGUUCAUGCAUGAGACCCAUGACGGUGUGCAGGACAUGGCGUGUGACACGUUCAUCAAGAUCGCCCAGAAAUGCAGGAGGCAUUUUGUGCAGGUGCAGGUGGGCGAGGUGAUGCCCUUCAUCGAUGAGAUCCUCAACAACAUCAACACCAUCAUCUGUGACCUGCAGCCGCAGCAGGUACACACGUUUUACGAGGCCGUGGGCUACAUGAUCGGAGCGCAGACGGACCAGACCGUGCAGGAGCACCUGAUAGAGAAAUACAUGCUCCUUCCCAACCAGGUGUGGGACAGCAUCAUUCAACAGGCCACUAAGAAUGUGGACAUCCUGAAGGAUGCCGAAACCGUGCGUCAGCUGGGCAGCAUCCUGAAGACCAACGUGAGAGCGUGUAAGGCUGUGGGCCACCCGUUUGUCCUGCAGCUGGGCCGCAUUUAUCUGGACAUGCUGAAUGUGUACAAGUGCCUGAGCGAGAAUAUAUCAUCUGCCGUCCAGACCAACGGUGAGAUGGUGACCAAGCAGCCUCUGAUCAGGAGCAUGCGAACGGUGAAGAGAGAAACCCUGAAGCUUAUUUCUGGAUGGGUCAGCCGUUCCAAUGACCCUCAAAUGGUCGGAGAGAACUUUGUUCCACCUUUGCUGGAGGCAGUUCUCAUUGACUACCAAAGAAAUGUUCCUGCUGCACGGGAACCAGAGGUACUCAGCACCAUGGCAACCAUCGUCAAUAAGCUCGGAAGUCAUAUAACAGCCGAGAUUCCCAAAAUCUUCGAUGCUGUGUUUGAAUGCACCCUCGACAUGAUCAACAAGAACUUUGAGGAGUAUCCUGAGCACAGGACGCAUUUCUUCUACCUACUCCAGGCCGUCACCUCUCAGUGUUUCCCAGCUUACCUGUCCAUCCCACCUGCACAGUUCAAACUCGUGCUGGACUCCAUCAUCUGGGCCUUCAAACACACCAUGAGGAAUGUUGCCGACACAGGUCUUCAGAUCCUGUUCACCAUGCUGCAGAAUAUCGCGCAGGAAGAGACGGCCGCCCAAAGCUUUUAUCAGACGUACUUCUGCGACAUCCUGCAGCACAUCUUCUCUGUUGUCACGGAUACAUCUCACACGGCCGGUUUGACCAUGCAUGCAUCCAUCCUCGCCUACAUGUUCAACCUGGUGGAGGAGGGUAAAAUCAGCGUAGCGCUGAACACCAGCACCACCGUCAACAAUCAAGUCUACGUGCAGGAGUUCGUGGCCAACCUGCUCAAGACGGCCUUCCCGCAUCUACAAGACGCCCAGGUAAAGGUGUUUGUCACGGGUCUCUUCAGCUUGAAUCAGGACAUUCCUGCGUUUAAAGAGCACCUCAGGGACUUCCUGGUGCAGAUCAAGGAAUUUGCGGGCGAGGACUCCACAGAUUUGUUUUUGGAGGAAAGAGAAACUGCUCUGCGUCAGGCUCAGGAAGAGAAGCACAAACUCCAGAUGUCCGUUCCUGGAAUCCUCAAUCCCCACGAGCUCCCGGAGGAGAUGUGCGAAUAAGCACCUGUACAGUUUAAUGCUCUUGAAGGAAAUUUGUGUGCGCGCGUGUGUAUAGAGGUUCAAUGAGGGAAACAAAAAAGAUGAAUCCAAAUGGUGGAUGUUUGUCGACCAAAUCAAUGCCAAUGUGUGAAAGAACAAUGUCAUUCGUUCCAUUCAUUCCCCAUUUUUGGGUUUUAUAUAGAAGAAACAGUUACGGUGUAUCUCUUGUAUAUCAACUCGCUGAAAAUCAUUCAUCUCUGUUUCUGUUUGGUAUUUUGCUUUUCUGUUAACAGCUCAUGACGAAUCAAACAUUUUAAUGCCCUUGACCUUUUCAUCUAUUUGUGAAUAUGUAAUAUACGGUAAGACAGGCCAAUGAAUACAGACCAUUGCUGCACAGGAGGAGAGCGUUUCUGGGAUAGGGCCUUGUUGAGCUGUGCGGCAGCAUGGCUCGUAUGUACUACAGCAAAUGAAUGUGAUGGUUUCGGAUGAGUAGCUGUAAUGCUCUUCUGUUCUUUCUGGGGGAAUUUGUAGUACGUAAUUUUUUUUCGGUUGCAGUAUUUGUGAAAGAGCAAAGUUCAUGCUAUAUAGAGUAUUUUUUUGCAUAACAAUGGAAGGGUCUGUUCAUAUCCUAUUUGUAAAGCUGUGUAUUAGUACUAUGGAAACAAAGUUGGUUAUUUUUACAAAGCGUUUGUUUGUUUGUUUGUUUUUUUUAAUCAUAUAGGACUCAUUUAACUUAAGAACCUUGUCAAUUGUGCACAUUCUAAGGACUGUAUAUUUCUGUAAAUAUACAAUUGAACCUUUUUGCAUUAA